GCUGUCCCAUGCCUUCGGCUUAGUCUGACCACUUUGGAAGGCCUACCUCGCUCGGAGCCGCAGAGACCAUUUCCGAGGCUGCCCUUGUUUGGUUUUGCUGUAGGCCUGUUGCCCUGGCGUGGAUUUCUGUCUGGAAAGGUCCGCACACAACCAUGUCUUCUGAACAGGACCGCGCCGCUGAUGCCACCAAUGACGAUGUGGAAUCAAUGGAAGAUGUUGAAGACGAAAAUGCCGACUCCAAUGAUAUCACCCGGCAAGUCCUCCGUCAGGCUGAUGUGCUCGCUGCCAUUCAAGGCCAGCUGAGACAAGAAAUGUUAAAUGCAAUGCCCCCUCAAGUUAAACGCCGGAUCAAGGCACUUAAGAAAUUCCAACUGGAGGCAACGAACAUCGAGUCCAAGUUCUAUGAGGAGGUCCAUGCUCUUGAGUGCAAGUACCACAAGCUUUAUCAGCCACUUUUUAUGAAGCGUGCCAAUGUCAUCUGUGGGCUACACGAACCUACCGAUGAAGAAAUUGCAGGCAUGUCAGAUGACGAGAAAGAUGAUGAGUUGUGUGCGGAAAUUAAGGCCAAAGUUAAGAUUGAAGACCUAAUGCCUCCUAAAGAUCAGAAGGCCAAGGAGGAAGCUGAGAACAACAAAAACAAGGAUGUCACAGGCAUUCCAGACUUCUGGCUUACCAUUUUCAAAAAUGUUGCUCUUUUGUCAGAAAUGGUUGAGGAACAUGACGAACCAAUCUUGAAACAUCUUAUUGAUAUUCAAGUAAUUCUGCUUGAAAAGGACCCUAUGGGCUUUGUUCUUGAAUUCCACUUUUCUCCUAACGAAUACUUCUCCAACUCAGUUCUUACUAAAGAGUAUGAAAUGAAAUGUACUCCUGAUGAAAGUGACCCCUUCAGCUUUGAGGGCCCAGAGAUCUACAAAUGCAAGGGUUGUGUCAUUGGUUGGAACAAAGGCAAAAAUGUCACUGUCAAAACCAUAAAGAAAACUCAAAAGCACAAGUCUCAUGGUUCACUUAGAACAGUAACGAGAACUGUUCAGAAUGAUUCAUUCUUUAAUUUCUUCAACCCACCAAUGAUCUCUGAUGACCCUGAUGCUGAGUUGGAUGAUGACACCCAAACCCUCUUGACAUCUGAUUUUGAGAUUGGACAUUACAUCAGAGAACGCAUCGUGCCCCGUGCUGUUUUGUACUUCACAGGUGAAGCUUUGGAGGGUGAAGAAGACUUUGAAGAAGAUGACUCGGAGGAGGAAGAUGAAGAGGAAGAGGAGGAAGAUGAAGAUUAUGUCCCUGCCUCCAACAAAGAUGCUGCCAAGAAGCUCUCUGCUUUAGCAAAGGGCCAGAACCAACAGGGAGACUGCAAGCAGCAAUAAACUGAUGUGCUGAGCAUUGUUGUGUGGAAUCUAGUGUAGUGGUUACAACAAUGUGAUAUCAUGCAUUUUAAUGUAUCAAGUUCAUUGAUAUUUUCGUCUGUUUUUGUCAAACCGUACUUUAAGGCCAUUUUUCUCUAAUCAUUGUACUAUAAAAAAAAUGUUAAAUCUUAGUAGCUUCUGAUUCCGGCUUUAAGAUUCUGCACAAAACAAAUUCUAUGGCCUAUUAAAAUUCCAUGUAGACAUUUUUUUUCUGUUGAGAUGGCAAGUUUGACCCUGUGACCUGCGGUGUAAGAAACAAUCCUAUUGUAUUUAUAAGAGGAAGGAAAGGAGUAAAUCUUUUUUUAUAUAGUGA